AUGCUCAGUAAUAAUCUAACUCAAGUGACCACAACAAUGCUUACAACGUUAGCAUCGACAUUAGCCACAAACAUUCUAUCAACAACAUCUACAAUCAAUGAAGUCAAUCAAUAUAUGACAACUACAACAAGAAGAAGUGAAUUGACCAGCACUACUACUACUACUACUACGAAUAUUAUGCCAACAAUGAGUGUAAAAUGUAAACCUAUUGAAUCCUUAGAAUUAUUUGGACGUAUUUAUGGUGAUAUGCAUGGUUACAUAACAUUAUUUCUAUGUCCUUUUUGUGUACUCUCAAAUAUAUGCAUUGUUAUUGUACUAAAUCAACGUAAUAUGAUAUCACCAACAAAUUUCCUUUUGACAUCAUUAGCUAUCAGUGAUGGUUUAUUAAUGAUAUUCUAUAUACCAUUUGCAAGUUAUUUCUUAAUUGGUCAACAUACACGUAAUUCAACAUAUAAUUGGGCUGUUUAUUUAUUGUUUCAUAUAAGUUUACAAAAUUUUCUACAUUUAACUUCAAGUUAUAUUGUUGUAGUGAUUGCUGUGUUUCGUGUAUUAUAUGUGAAAUAUGUUGUACAAUGUCAAAUUUUAUGCAGUAUACAACGUGCUAAACUUGCUGUAACAAUAGUACUUAUUAUUAGUAGUAUAUUAUCUAUACCAUGUAUUAUGAAUCAUCAUAUAGUUGUAAACAAUAAUAAUAAUAGUGAUGAUAACAAUAGUUAUAUGGUCACUUAUGUGGAUAAUCAAAUUAUGUUGAAAUAUUUAUAUUGGAAUACAGCGAUUUUUUUGAAACUACUACCAUUGCUCUGUUUAUCUGUGCUGAGUUUUUUAAUUAUAUUCAUGAUACGUAGACAAAAUGCACGUAUGCGAAAAAUGAAAGCAAAAUCAACAGUUUACAUGGGCACUGCUGUUGUUGGAUCUGCUGGGACGGCGGCGUCAGCGGCGGCGGAGUCGGCGGCAGCAGUAGCUGAUCCAUCUAGUUCACCAAAUCCUACUAGUACAAAUUCAUUGAUAGUUGAUAGUAAUGAAUUCGACACGAAUAAAAAUCAUAUCAUCACUAUGAAUAAUCAAAAUCAUACAAAACUACAAUCAAUGCAUAUGGAAAAAAAUACUUUACCAUAUAUGACUUCAUCAAAACAUUUAAAUACUACAUUAAUGCGUAAACGUAAUGCAUUUGAAAAUGAACGUGAAAAAGUUGAGAAUAGAAUGACUAGAUUUUUAUUGGUUAUUGUCUUCAUAUUUAUGAUUACAUUACUUCCUCAGGCUAUAUUAUUAUUUUUAAGUGGAUUGGUUGGUGAUUGUUUCACAGAUACUGUCUAUAAUGCAUUAGGUGAUUUUAUGGAUCUGUUGACCAUUGUGAAUAAUGGUAUUAAUUUUAUAUUGUAUUGUUCCAUGUCACAUCAAUUUCGUACAACUUUCAUACAAUUUUGUACAUCAAUAUUUAAAAUUUGUAAAAAAUAAUUUUUACACUAACUAAGCUAACAACUGUUGGUUGAAUCACCUAUAUGCACAUACGUACACACACACACAUACCACACAU